UAUAUACCUAACCAUAUCUUGAAUCUUGAAGUUGUUCAAAAAUACUUAACCACAAACUCUGAUCUCCAUGGCUAACAAGGUGAAUCAUGAUGAAACAGUAGUGAAAAUCAUAGAGCAAUGUCAAGUUGGUCCUCCACCAGGUUCUGUUCCUUCAACUUCUCUUCCCCUUACUUUCUUUGAUCUUCCAUUUUUAUGCUGUCCUGUUACAUGUACACGCAUCUUCUUCUAUGAAUUCCCUCACACCACAACCCACUUCAUGCAAACACUGCUUCCAAAUCUCAAACACUCACUUUCACUCACUCUUCAACACUUCUUCCCUUUAUCUUCAAACAUAGUAUUCCCUCCAAAGCCACAAGCCCCUCACAUUCUCUAUUCCCAAGGUGACACUACUCUUCAUUUCAUAGUUGCUGAGUCCACAACAAAUUUCAACAACCUCGUAUGUAACACCCCAAGAGAUGUUACAUGCAUGUACCCUUUUGUUCCUGAGUUACCUCAAACAAUUGCCUUACAAGAUGGCACCUUGUUGAUCCCUCCAAUGGCAAUUCAAGUCACUGUUUUUCCCAAUUCUGGCUUCACCAUUUGCAUCAACUUCAGCCAUGUGGUCACCGAUGGAAAAGCCUUCCACAGUUUCAUCAAGUUCUGGAGCUCACUUUGUAGGUCUAAAGAGAAUAAUCUUGUUGCUUUGCCAUUGCAUGAUAGAGACAUCAUUCAAGACCCAAAUGGGAUUAACCCCAUUUUCUUAGAAUCAGUGUGGAAUUCUCCAAGAGAAUUCAUCAUGAACCCUAUCUAUAAUGUCCCUAAUGACAGGGUUCGCCACAGGUUUGUGUUGAAGCGUGAACAAGUGGAGAUUUUGAAGAGAUUGGUUUCUACUAAAUACCAAAGCCUAUUACAUGUAUCAACAUUUGUUGUGACAUGUGCUUUGAUUUGGGUUUGUAAGGUAAAAUCAUCAGAAGAUGAUAUAAAAAGUAGUGGUAAUGAUGAAGAAUUAUACCUAAGUUUUUGGGUAGAUUGUCGUUACCUUGCUGAAUUGAAAAUUCCCUUAACAUAUUUUGGGAAUUGUGUGGUUAAUGGCAUUGUAGGAAUUAAGAGAAGCAAGCUAGUGGGGCAAAAUGGUAUUUUUGAAGCAGCUGUUGCACUUAGAAGCAAGGUUAAAGAAUUGCAAUCUGGUCCUUAUGAAAGUGCUGAAACAUUGAUGUCAAUUUUUAGUAAAUUUGCAACAAUGGGGCAUCGUAUGACGGGAAUUGCAGGUUCACCAAAGUUGGAUGCAUAUGAAAGUGAUUUUGGGUGGGGAAAACCCAAAUUGAGUGAAGUACUUCAUGUAAAUUCUCCAGCGGGGGUGUCUCUUUCUGAUUGUAGGGACAAAGAAGGUGGAAUUGAAGUUGGUGUAGCAUUUGGGAGGGCUCAAAUGCAAAAAUUCAACACUAUUCUGGAAGAGAUCCUUGCUGAUAUUGCACUUCAUGACUCAUGAGAAGGUUCAAGUUUUCGGCUAGUUUUAAAUACAAUAUUUAAGGGUUUUUAUUUUAGUCUAUGUUCUUGAUGUUUUGCAAGGAUUUUACUUUUAAUUGAAGUAAUGGUAUUUGCCAUUACAAGAUGAGACAAACAAAAACAAAUUACAAGUUUGGUGUAGUGUUAGUCUUUUAAGUCCCUUAAAUAAGUUGGUAUAUAAGAAUAAAGAGAUAGGAGUGGAACCAAUACGUAUAAUUUCACAAAAAAAUUGUGGAAAAGUAUUGUGUCUCUAGGAAUUGAGUUGCUGAUGUGGUUUGUAAUUUUAGAAAGAUUGAAUACUAAAGAUACAUUAUAUAAGUUUAAGAUUGUGUCAAAAGUAAAAUCCUUUUGUGUAUAUGAAAGGUGUGAGGAUCAAUUUUGGUGGAGUGUAGUGUGAAUUGGAUUUGGCCACAAACCACCAAAAAAUGCUUUCGGGUGUGGAUAGAUAGAUAAGAAAAGAUGUGAAGGAAGUGGAUGGUGUUAUUUUUUUCUAUAAUACAAUGCACAUGGAGAUGUAAAAAUAACAUUAUAUUGAUAAUAAUAGGGAAAAUUCUACUCCCUUUCCCUGCGAGAUGUUAAAAUGACACUUCCAUCCCCUCUAUUUUAUAAAU